GCGCAUCCCGACUCAAAAGAAAUCAUUGUCAUUGUACCUUCUUCAAGAUGAAGUUAUAUGGAUUCUUCGCUGUUUUGUUAGCCCUAUUGGCUUUAGCAAUUGCAAGCCCAAAUCCUCUGCCGAAUCCUGAGCCUGUGCCCGGAGGCGGUGGCGGUGGUGGAGGUGGCGGUGGGCAGUUUGGUGGCGGCGGCGGUGGCGGUGGUGGUGGUGGUGGCAAGUAAACUGACCACAUUUUUUUUUAUGAACAUAAACACUACUGUAAGAAAUUCUCAACUUUAAUUAUUAAAAAUGAAAACAAAAACCAUUUAAAAGUA